UUGUUCAUUUGAUGAACACUACAGUAAUUGUGGUUAUAGUGUGGCCUUGGGAACCAAUGGAUUUACCUGGGAGCAGAUCAAUACCUGGGAGAAGCCAACAAUGGAUCCUGCUGUCCCAACUGGCUCCUUCAUGAUGGUGAACAGCUCUGGGCGGGCAUCUGGGCAGAAAGCUCACCUGCUGUUGCCUACGCUGAAGGAAAAUGACACACACUGCAUCGACUUCCACUAUUACUUGUCCAGCAGAGACCGUUCGAGCCCCGGCUCUCUGAACGUCUACGUGAAGGUGAACGGGGGGCCACAGGGCAAUCCCAUAUGGAAUGUCUCGGGGGUUGUUACAGAAGGAUGGGUGAAAGCAGAACUUGCCAUCAGCACAUUCUGGCCACAUUUUUAUCAGGUGAUAUUUGAAUCUGUCUCUUUGAAAGGACAUCCAGGGUACAUCGCUGUGGAUGAAGUCAGAGUUCUUGCCCAUCCAUGCAGAAAAGCACCUCAUUUCCUACGGCUUCAGAACGUGGAGGUUAAUGUGGGACAGAAUGCAACAUUCCAGUGCAUUGCUGGGGGAAAGUGGUCGCAGCAUGACAAACUCUGGCUCCAGCAGUGGAAUGGAAGGGACACAGCAUUAAUGGUCACUCGAGUGGUCAACCACAGACGUUUUUCUGCUACUGUCAGUGUAGCUGACACCUCUCAACGCAGUAUCAGCAAGUACCGAUGUGUCAUUCGUUCAGAUGGUGGAUCUGGAGUUUCAAAUUAUGCAGAGUUAAUAGUGAAAGAACCCCCAACUCCUAUCGCCCCUCCUGAGCUGCUGGCUGUCGGAGCCACGUACCUGUGGAUCAAACCCAAUGCCAACUCUAUCAUUGGAGAUGGGCCCAUCAUACUGAAAGAAGUGGAGUAUCGGACAACCACUGGUAAUUGGGCAGAAACGCACAUUGUAGACUCCCCUAAUUACAAACUGUGGCAUUUGGAUCCUGAUGUGGAGUACGAGAUCAGAGUGCUGCUCACUCGCCCCGGAGAAGGAGGCACAGGGCCCCCUGGACCACCACUCACAACAAGGACCAAAUGUGCAGAUCCUGUACAUGGACCUCAAAAUGUAGAAGUUGUUGAUAUUCGCUCCCGGCAGCUGACAUUGCAGUGGGAGCCCUUUGGUUAUGCAGUGACCCGUUGCCACAGCUACAAUCUCACAGUCCAGUACCAGUAUGUGUUUAACCAGCAAAAAUUUGAGGCAGAGGAACUCAUCCAAACUUCUUCCCACUACACCCUGCGAGGUCUUCGGCCCUUCAUGACCAUCAGACUGAGGUUAGCCCUCUCUAACCCAGAAGGCAAAAUGGAAAGUGAGGAGUUGGUUGUACAGACUGAGGAAGAUGUUCCUGGACCAGUUCCCUUGGAAUCCAUCCAGGGAGGACCUUUUGAAGAGAAGAUCUAUGUUCAGUGGAAGCCUCCAAAUGAGACAAAUGGCAUCAUUACACUCUAUGAGAUUACGUACAAGGCCGUUGGGUCUCUGGAUCCCAGUGCUGAGCUGUCCAGCCAAAGAGGGAAAGUCUUCAAACUAAGGAAUGAAACACAUCACCUCUUUGUAGGAUUAUACCCAGGGACUACGUAUUCAUUCACCAUCAAAGCCAGCACAGUCAAGGGUUUUGGGCCACCCAUCACAACAAGGAUUGCAACUAAGAUUUCAGCACCAUCGAUGCCAGAAUACGACACGGACUCCCCCCUGAAUGAGACUGACACUACCAUCACCGUUAUGCUGAAGCCCGCUCAGUCCCGGGGAGCACCUGUCAGUGUCUAUCAACUUGUUGUCAAGGAGGAAAAGCUGCAGAAAGCACGGAGAGCUGCAGACAUCAUUGAAUGCUUCUCUGUCCCAGUGAGCUACAAGAACGCUUCCAGUCUGGACUCACCACACUACUUUGCAGCUGAGCUGAAACCCAUCAACCUGCCUGUCACACAGCCAUUCACAGUGGGUGACAACAAAACCUACAACGGCUACUGGAAUGCUCCACUUUCUCCCCUGAAAAGCUACAGCAUUUACUUCCAGGCUCUUAGCAAGGCAAAUGGAGAAACAAAAAUCAACUGUGUCCGGCUGGCAACAAAAGUAAUAGGUAGGCAACAGGUGACCACGCGAAACCCACCCAGCCUCUUGAGCACAGGAGCUUCCACACAGAAUUCCAAUGCAGUGGAACCAGAAAAGCAAGUUGACAGCACGGUGAAAAUGGCUGGAGUUAUAGCUGGUCUGUUGAUGUUUGUUAUUAUCCUCUUGGGAGCAAUGCUUACCAUCAAGAGAAGAAGAAAUGCAUAUUCCUACUCCUAUUACUUGCAUUCAAGCCAAUGUUUUAGGGGCCUCUCUGUCUUCUACAGGACCAGGAAGCUAGCCAAGAAGCAGAAGGAGACUCAGACCAGCACACAGAGGGAGAUGGGUCCCGUGGCUACUUCCGACAAGACCUCUACCAAACUCAGUGCUGUUCACAAUGAAGAAGCUUUUUCUUCCAGCUGCCAAGAUGUUAAUGGAUUCACAUCACCCUCUCCUUGUUCAUUUUCUGUCCAAAGCAAAACCCUUCAGAGCAAAUCUUUGUUGAAUUCCUACUACUCAGUAUCAUCAGACACUGUUCCAUCGACCACGCUGUUAGACAGUAGCCAUGGAGAGAUGACCCAGCCAACCCUGACUAUCCAGACCCACCCGUACCGGAGCUGCGAGCCGGUGGAAAUGUCCUACCCCCGGGGGCAGUUCCAGCCAGCCAUCCGAGUGGCCGACCUGCUGCAGCACAUCACCCAGAUGAAGCGAGGACAGGGCUAUGGAUUUAAAGAGGAGUAUGAGGCACUACCUGAGGGCCAGACAGCAUCCUGGGAUACAGCCAAGGAAGACGAAAACCGCAAUAAGAACAGAUAUGGAAACAUAAUCUCCUAUGAUCAUUCAAGAGUGAGAUUGCAGCUGCUGGAUGGGGACCCUCACUCUGACUACAUAAACGCCAAUUACAUCGACGGAUACCACCGGCCUCGCCAUUACAUUGCAACUCAAGGGCCGAUGCAAGAGACAGUGAAGGAUUUCUGGCGAAUGAUUUGGCAAGAAAACUCUGCAAGUGUUGUCAUGGUCACCAAUUUGGUGGAAGUGGGCAGGGUAAAGUGUGUUCGAUACUGGCCAGAUGACACAGAGGUCUAUGGAGAUAUUAAAGUCACAUUAAUUGAGACAGAACCAUUGGCAGAGUAUGUCAUACGCACAUUUACUGUACAAAAGAAAGGCUACCAUGAGAUCCGAGAGAUUCGGCAGUUCCACUUCACCAGCUGGCCGGACCAUGGGGUUCCUUGCUAUGCCACAGGCCUCCUGGGCUUUGUUCGUCAAGUGAAGUUUCUCAAUCCCCCAGAAGCAGGACCCAUUGUUGUGCACUGCAGUGCUGGGGCCGGGAGAACAGGGUGCUUUAUUGCCAUUGACAUAAUGCUUGACAUGGCAGAGAACGAAGGCGUGGUAGAUAUAUUUAACUGUGUGCGAGAGCUGCGAUCCCAAAGGGUCAAUCUGGUGCAGACGGAGGAGCAGUAUGUGUUUGUCCAUGAUGCCAUUUUGGAGGCAUGUCUCUGUGGCAACACAGCCAUUCCAGUUUGUGAGUUCAGGUCCAUAUAUUACAACAUCAGCAGACUAGAUCCACAGACCAAUUCCAGCCAGAUAAAAGAUGAGUUUCAGACUCUCAAUAUUGUGACACCACGUGUUCGGCCAGAAGAUUGCAGCAUCGGUCUUUUGCCAAGGAACCAUGACAAGAACCGCUGCAUGGAUGUGCUGCCCUUGGACCGGUGCCUGCCUUUCCUCAUCUCCGUGGAUGGUGAAUCAAGUAACUACAUCAAUGCUGCACUCAUGGAUAGCCACAAGCAACCUGCUGCCUUUAUUGUAACCCAACACCCUUUGCCCAACACCAUAGCAGACUUCUGGAGGCUGGUGUUUGAUUAUAACUGCUCCUCUGUUGUGAUGCUGAAUGAGAUGGAUGCAGCACAGCUCUGCAUGCAGUACUGGCCAGAGAAGACGUCCUGUUGUUAUGGCCCAAUUCAAGUAGAGUUUGUUUCAGCAGACAUUGAUGAAGAUAUCAUCAACCGGAUAUUCCGGAUCUGCAACAUGGCCAGGCCUCAGGACGGGUAUCGCAUAGUUCAGCACCUGCAGUACAUCGGCUGGCCAGCAUACAGGGACACCCCUCCUUCCAAGCGCUCCCUCCUGAAGGUGGUCAGAAGGUUGGAGAAGUGGCAAGAACAGUACGAUGGGAGAGACGGACGGACUGUUGUCCACUGCCUGAAUGGUGGGGGACGCAGCGGCACCUUCUGUGCCAUCUGCAGCGUGUGUGAAAUGAUUCAACAGCAAAAUAUCAUUGAUGUGUUCCACAUAGUGAAAACAUUACGGAAUAACAAAUCCAACAUGGUGGAGUCACUGGAACAGUAUAAAUUUGUAUAUGAGGUUGCACUGGAAUACUUGAGUUCCUUUUAGCCCAGCAGAGGGAGGGGAGCCUCCAAAAUGCCAGAUCCCAACCUCUGGCAGACACUUCUCCCCUCUCCCACACUGGAAGGCAGUAACAAGUGUGGGAAGGAAAACCUCUCCUUCCCAGAGCAAGAGACUGAGAUUGCACAGACCUCGCUGGAAGGAGGAGACGAUGCCUGUGUUUGCUGCUGCCUGCUUUCUAUUGGAACAUCUACCGCUUCUUAAAUAACCUACUGUAAAAUUCAGCAAAAUGGGAGACAGGCUGAAAGACUGGACUUUCUAAUCCCCUCUGACUUCUCUCCCCUUUUGGAUUGUAUUUUUGCUCUCCUUGCUGCAGAGUGGGGAAGGAAUGAAACCCUUAGGAAAUUCUCUUUUAAAUGUCUCUUUUUUAAUUUAUAAUUUUGUUCUCAAAUCCCAGUCUUUAAUUUUUUAAUUUUAUGCAGCAGUCAUUUGGGAAAAAUGAGAUAGCCAUAGGGGAUAUAUGAAAUGUUUCAUUACAAUUUGUCUACCUUAUCUGUCUCCUUUUAUUUGUUUUUCCAAAUGAAAAGGCCAACACAAAAAAACCCCACUGGAAUUCUUUUCCCAUAUGUAGUCCCUUUUAGCAUGAAAAUAGAUGGUGGAGAUGAGAAGCUGUUCAUGGAUUCACUGCCUCGGCUUCUACACAAAUGUUUCCUCCCAGUUUCUGCUAGACUCCCAAGGCUGUGCAUGAACUGGUUACAUCUCUCUGGUCUGUGUUCGUUUCAGUGCUGGUGGAGCAAUACCAUUAAUGAGUUUCCCAGCCACUUGAACCUUAAAUAUUUGCAUCAAACAAAUUGCAUUUGUCUUGCAACUUUGGUAACUUUGUUACCAUAUUUUUCAAGUAUUUUCUGGGGUGCAGUGUGUCUUUGAAAAACAGGGUAUAAAGUAGGUAUUAUUGAUCAUAUACUAUGUAUUAUUAUUUUUUAUUUAUUAUUUGUAUUGCUGUAGAACUUAGGACCCCUAGUCAUGACAGGACCCUGCUGAACUAGGCACUGUGCAAACAGAGAACAAAGAAGGUUCUUGCUCAAGAGCUUAAAAUCUGAAGGUAAUCUCUAAAUUGGGUUUGGUCGAGAUUUCCUCGCUAUUUCCAAACUGUUGUACAGUCAGAUGUAGUUGAGUGAUUUAUUCAGAUUUCCAGGCUAUACAAGCUUCAAAAUGGUAACCCAUCCAAGCUGUAGGAAAGGUGAUGUACAUACACAGAAACCUAUUCUGAUGUGUUAAGAAAAGUGUUAGACUAGCACAGCAACUUUCUUUCUUAAGCAAAACAGCUUUUGUUCUGUUCUGGAAAAAUGCUUGUGCAACUCCUUCUUUGAAACAAACACCAGAUGUGUUUUGCCAUGGUUCUGGAUCUCACUCUGACUUCUUAGCAGCUAAGAAAUUGCUUUUCUGAAAGAGUAUGUUUAAGUAGUUAAUCGUUAAAGUCUGCAGGGUAAUCCUGGAGAAAAAAAAAUAAUUGAAUGAACAAGUCUUUACAAUAUUCAGUACUUCAAUUUAUCCAUUUAUUUAUCUUGAGGGUGAGGGGAUAUGAGGUUGCUCUGUGUGUAAAUUCGAUUCUGGAAGAUGUAGGUUUCUUCAAAUACAGAUUUGCUAUAAGAUAGGCUGAUGGUAAGAGUUUAAGGAAGCUCCACUUUCUUACCACCCUGUAGUUUUCCACCCUCAGGUAAAUACUCCGAUACUGUGCUGCAAGCUCUGUCGUGUCGAUGCCUGGCAUAGAGCAUGCCAGAAUUUGAAAAAAUUUUGCUAAUUCUAAAUGUAAAUUCAAAAGGCACCUCUACUUCAUGGUCAUUCUUUUUUCAAUAGUCAUACCUUUGCCUUGACAAUGAAGGAUGAAAAUUAAAUCUGAUAAAAGCAACUCUCUACUCAAACAAUACCUAACCAAAAAGUUGUCAUCUCUACCAGGACCUGCAACAGUCUUAAGGAAGGAUGCUUGGAACAGUAGUAAUCCUCUUCCUGCUAAGCAAGAGGAGAGGCUUCAUAGGAUGCUGAACCGCCUAGCUCAUAUUCUUUCCAGGGGCUUUGGAUUCUUGGCUUGUUCCAAGUGAGUAUCAUGAAGGUCUUCAGUGAGCUUGAACCACAUUGUCCCUGAUGUAGCCAGUGUGCCAUAAAGUAUUGGUGAGAACCCCGUCACAGGUGCCUCUGCUCUGUUUCUAGUUGGUCCUUUUUGUUGUGUGCAAGAAAUCACAAAAUCACUUUUAGUUCCCAUUCGGGCUGUAGGUAGAUUUCUGGCAUCUCACAAAACAAUCUAGUCGUUUAAAUUGUUUUUUUCUCCUUUUGCCACUAAGCAACACAAACAAUUCUGCAGAAAAAAUAGAAAGCAAAGCAAAGCUAUAAGAUAAAAAUGAGAAGGAAGGCAUGUUAGUGUUUUGAUUACAGGUGGCUUGCUCUAACAGUGUAGGUCAGGAGCGGGGACCAUUAGCAAAGAGGGAAGAGGGAAUCUGUAUCCCAGAAUGAUAUUUUUCAACAACUGCCCAGGUAGGAAGAAACUACAAGUCAGCAAAAUGUUCAUGACUUUGCUAACUCCUGAAAGCCAGAGGGAAUCAAUCCCUGUGGGUACUAUGGAAAUAUUAAUUAGUAUUUAGCAUUCUGUUAAUUUUACAUGGAAACUAGCAUAAUGAUAGGUCCCCCUCAUGAAUUGCUGAAAGACUAGUGCAAGCACUAAAGGUGACAGACAGGAUAAAAGGAAUAGAGAGGUAGAAGAAAUGACAAUAUGACUGAGAUGUGAAGUGGAGGUAAUUCAAGGCUGAACAGUAGCAUGAAGGAAAGUUGAUUAAAAAGACAUAAGUAAGCCCAUAGGAGGGCUGUGUGCAUGGAGAGAAGGAUGUUGGAUGAGCAGAGCAGAACAGCACUUGUAGUGGAGUAGCUGUUUAAGGUCUUGAGGUAGGUUUGAAUGCAUUUCAGGGUAUGAAAAAUGCUACAGAAGGGUCAAGUAUGUGUAUCAGUGGCAACUCACUAUGUGCUUUUGGCCCUCUGAAAAUGCAAAAUAACAUUAGCAUAAACUGCAGGGAAAGGUAUUUAAGCUAAAUUUUACCUUGUAUUUGCAAGGAACAAGUUUAAUACAAACAUUGGUUACCACAGCCCAACUGUUAGUCACAGCUUAGUAUGUGGCAACUCAGCCAUGUGUCUCAACCUUCUUCCAAAGUCCAGCCUACAAUCCAUGUGGAAGGAUGCUCAGGAAACACUACAGCUUAUGUUGCCAAGGUCUUGUAUUGUCAUGCAGUUACAUUGCUUUUGGGGGACUGACCCAGCUCCAGUCUGUGUUGGCUCAGGGAUCUUUAUGCUGUUCCUUACUGCACAAUGUAUAUGUGCUGAAUGGGAGUUAAUGAUGAAGGGAAUUGUGUGGAAAGAGAAGAGAAGCUAGCUUUAAACAACCUUACUACCUUGAGGUUGUUUAAACCCUAGAGAACAGCCUGUAGCAAAAUCGGUAAUGUGUUUGAAGCAAGAUCAUGGGUGAUGGGUUUGUUUUCCCUGAGAGAAAUUAAGAGAUGAGAUAAAGGAGGCUUUCUCAGUCCUGAAAGGAUUAAUAGUCAGGGCAAGCUUUCCAAGUUAAGCAUCCCCUGCUGCAGAUGGAAAGCGAUAAUGUAUGGUAGAAAAGGUGAAUUCCUCAAUGACUAAGUUUUAAGCUGGAAAAAUAAGAUACUGACAAUAUUUGAAUGGUCAUAAUGAAGAUAAACUUACUCCCAUUCAGACACCCUUCAGUGGUGAGGGAGCACUUUUAAUUGAUAGCAUAGUCUUGGUCUGAAGUUUAAUCUGAAAGACAGGGUACUACAAAUAGGUAAAGAUGGGUGCUUCAGGGAUGACUGUCACGUACAGGGAGUAACUAACAAAUUAUUAAGGGAUGUAACUGAAGCAAAGAAUUCCAGAGCUAUCUAGGCUGGCUGCUGGAGAAGGAAGACCCUGAGUUGUCUGCAGGAGAGAGAUAGACCAAAACCACUAAAAGGUACAGAAGGUCUUCACAACCUUUUAUUUUUUUUAGUUUUGUGUUUGUUUGGAGGUGGUUUGUGGGUUUGGUGGGGGUUUUUUAAUUAAAAUUUCUGCAGGAACUAUAUUCUAUGAUUUUUUUUUUUUUUUUUUUUUUUUUGACUUCUUCAGAUUACCUGUAAGGAAACAAGUGUUUGACAUUCUGUAAAUAGACUUGGUUAUUAACAGAAAGAAAAAGAUCAUGCAAGGGAGUACAAGGAUACAUGUGAAAGUAACUGAAUCGGGACUUCUGGUAGCAAGCAAGCCAAUGGAAAUUCAGUGGUUUUAUUUAUGUCUGCAGAUUGAAAUAAUUGGUAUUCUCUGAUCAGGGAAGUCUCUGGUCUAUGGUUAAGGAGGAGACCUUUCAAUCUGUCAUUGAAAUUCUUCACCAGGGUUGCACAGAAUUAUGUCUGCCUUUGCCAUGCUCUGGUGGGUCCCUCUUAAUUUAUUCACAGUUUAAGCUAUUUAUAUGAGCUAGAGUUGUCCAUUUUGGUCCAUGGGCAACAGGUAGUUGGCAAUGAAAGGUUUUUACAUGCAUUGAAAAGCUGUAACUUCAGUGGCCUUUACCCCCAAAUCAAACCACCGUUUCUGUGCCCCAUCUCCCCUGCUCAGCCCUCAUGCAGCCCACAUGUACACAUAGGUCCAGAUAACUCCCAUAAAAGCAGACAGGGAUUUUGGGAAUUGCCUGUGACCCCUAAUCAGUCUGGUCCAUGUAAUUCUGUAGGACAGAGGAGAGAAUCCCAGAGCUUUUGCCUAGAGCAGUAUGUAUUUUUGUGUCAGUAGUUUCCAGGUUUUUAUUCUGGAUCUGUAAAUUCCCUUCAAUAAAAAGCCUGGUGGCAAUGAAGACCCCAUAGUAGUAGAUUUAAGCCUGCAGAUAGUAGACUUGUUUUUCCAUCUUUUUCACAGACCCUUUAGACAUAGUUUGUGAGGUUUCCCUUGGGAAUCUCAAGCCAGGGAUUGCUGGUCACUGCUCUUGAUGUGCUGUAGAGUCAGAGAAAGGAGAGAGGCUCCUACAGCAGGUGAUUCAGAAGGCAGUUAAACGAAUUGCCAUCUGAAAGAAGAAAAGGAGAAGAAAUCUCCUUUAGAAGAAACCAAACACUGGAGGAGGAGGCAGAUUAAAUGGAGUCUUGAAACAGGUAGGAAACAUGCACCUUUUUCUGUCUCUCAUUCUUGCACAGCUGCUCUUACAUCUUUCUUACUCUUCUGAGUUCAUGCCAAGAUCAUAAAAAACAGGUAAUGCCACACUCCAUGCUGUGGAGCUCUGUGGAGACGGAGCAGUCAGAGUGUAACAGAGGGAGUAAAUCCUGAGGGACAAAGAUAAAAGGCGGUUUGCUUGAGAGAGGAAUCUUCAAAUACGAGGUGCCUCUAUCUGUCAGACUUGCAGAAUUCUUAACAAGUCAUCACAGAGCAGCACACAGUCCUGCUGCGGUCCUGGACGUGCAAUGCAGCGGAAAUGUUCUGCUCGGAAAACUUCAUUGUCCUGUAAUAAAUUUAAAACAAUCAAUUCCAUUACAUUGGUAGCACAGUUAACUUUUAUGGUGUCUCCAGACAGUGCAAGGGGCAUCUCAAGAACUUUGUGUGAGCCUGCUGUAUUUUCACUUGAGAUUCUUUCAUUUGUCUUAAGUGUUUCAAACUUCAGUCAACCUCAGUUUGUUAGAAAAAUAAAGGGGGUCAUGUGGCAAAAGUUAUUCAGCAUAACCACUGCCUUUGGGUCAGGAAUUCAUUAUACCUCCUAGGAAACUGUGAAAUGAUAGAACAAACUACUGCAUCUUCCCUGCACAGAUGUUUACAGGAGUAGAACCGGGGGGAGCCAGCCUAUUAAAGUCAGGGAGACAGAAGUGAGUAAUAAGGAUUCUGUUAACCCUCCUGUGUUCCUAUUUAUUUAGAUUGCAGUCUUCUAUAGCCAUACAUACAUAAUAUACAAUUUAAAUGCAAGUGCUCUUUCUUUCCCUGUUCCCAAAAAUACCUACAGCUCUUUUUUUCAUCAAGGGUGAGCCAACAGCAUAGCAAGCAAAGCCCACUUUCUGCAGUUUUGGCAAGGACCACUAGGAUCAUGUAUUAUCUGUUCAUUGACUUGGAAGAAGUAUCAGUGAUCUUCCUCAUAUACAUACUUGAAGAAUGUACAAUUUUCUGUAACUGUCAACUAAAAUCAUACAUUUUCAUACAUCAAGACCAUAUCCUGGUGGUACUGAGUGUGAUGGAAAGAAAAAAGAAAAAUCUUGCUGACUUCCAGUGACCUCUAGUCUAUAAUCUUUAUUUGCUGUGUUAAAAUAUUUUAAAACCCUCCCUUGUAAAAAAUAAACUAUACUCAGAAUAUCCUACAGUUUCAUGUUGGACUAGCAUAAUUGUGAAAACCUGGCAGCUUUUUACAGUUUGUAAAAACAUGAAAGAUCUAAAUCAGCCUUUCCAUCCUUUGUCCCAGUGCAUGCAGCAGAUUUUUCACCACUAUUCUGUUUUCAACCUGAGCCUUAAAAAACAAAAUAAUGCAGCAGACUGAAUGACAAUUGCUGGUGUUCCCAUAGUGUUUCCUGGUGG